CCGGUCAAAGCUGGUCUUCCGGUUCCUCGCUCCUCUUUUUCUCCUUUAAAGCGCAGCUAAAGUUGCGCUCCCGGCGGUUCGGCAUGGCUGAGGAGCAUUACCUGGAGCUCAGUGAGAACCCGGUGCAGUUUGAGCACGCGUCCAGCGUCAACAACGUCUUCUUUGAUGAAGCUAACAAGCAGGUGUUUGCGGUGCGUUCAGGCGGAGCUACGGGCGUGGUGGUUAAAGGGCCGGAUGACAAAAGCAGCGUUGCCUUCAGGAUGGACGAUCGAGGAGAAGUGAAGUGCAUCAAGUUCUCCAUCGGGAACAAGAUCCUGGCUGUGCAGAGGACGCUGAAGUCUGUGGAUUUCAUCAACUUCAUCCCGGACUAUCCGCACACAGAGUUCAGUCAGGAGUGUAAGACGAAGAACGCCAGCGUCCUGGGCUUCUGCUGGACCAGCUGGAACGAGGUGGUCUUCGUCACGGACCAGGGAAUCGAGUUCUACCAGGUGUUUCCAGACAAGCGGAGCCUGAAGCUGCUGAAGAGUCAGAACAUCAACGUGAACUGGUACCAGUACUGUCCGGAGACGGCCGUCAUCCUGCUGUCCACCACGGUGCAGGGGAACGUCCUGCAGCCCUUCGCCUUCAGGAACGGCGCCAUGACCAAGAUGUCCAAGUUUGAGAUCGAGCUGCCGGUCGUUCCCAAACCCGCCAAGCUCAGCCUGUCUGAGAGGGACAUCGCCAUGGCGACCAUCUACGGCCAGCUGUACGUCAUGUACCUGAAGCAUCACUCCAGGACGGUGAACAGCCCCGGAGCCGAGGUGGUUCUGUACCACCUGCCCAGGGAGGGGAUCUGUAAGAAGAGUCACGUGCUGAAGCUGAACACCACCGGGAAGUUUGCUCUGAACAUCGUGGACAACCUGGUGGUGGUUCAUCACCAGAGUUCUCAGACGUCGCUGAUCUUCGACAUCAAGCUGAAGGAGCCUGAAUGCGCCGUUAACACUCACCAGCCGGUGCUGCCGGCCCGCUCCAUCCACCCCUACAGGAUCCCUUUAUCAGGUCCGGCCGCCGUCCCGACUCAGCCUCCGGUUCCGUGUCAGCUGUAUUCUUCAUCGUGGAGCGUCUUCCAGCCCGACAUCAUCAUCAGCGCCAGCGAAGGCUACCUGUGGUACCUGCAGGUGAGGCUGCCCCCUGCUGUCCGCCUGCUGCAGGACAAAGGCAAACUGAUGGACUUCCUGCUGCGGCGCCGGGACUGCAAGAUGGUCAUCCUGUCUGUGUGCUCGCAGAUUCUGGAGGCGCAGGAGAACGGCAGCCUUCCCGUCGUGGCGACCGUCUUUGACAAACUCAACCAGGUGUACAAGGAGUACCUGGAGGCGGAGCAGAGCUACACGGCGGCGGUGGAAUCGGGUCCGACUCGAGGCGCCGCCGCUCAGAAACGGCCCGUCAGGACGCAGGCGGUCAUCGACCAGUCGGACAUGUACACACACGUCCUGUCGGCGUUCACGGAGAGGAAGGACGUGUCCCAUAAGUUCAUCAUAGCGGUUCUGAUGGAGUACAUCCGCUCUCUGAACCAGAACCAGAUCACCGUCCAGCACUACCUGUACGAGCUGGUCAUCAAGACCCUGGUCCAGAACAGCCUGUUCUACAUGCUGCACCAGUUCCUCCAGUACCACGUCCUGAGCGACUCCAAACCGCUGGCCUGCCUGCUGCUGUCUCUGGAGAGCACCUACCCUCCUGCUCACCAGCUGUCUCUGGACAUGCUGAAGCGCCUCUCCACGGCCAACGACGAGAUCGUGGAGGUUCUGCUGUCCAAGCAGCAGGUUCUGGGCGCGCUCCGCUUCAUCCGCAGCGUCGGCGCCCACGACAACGUGUCGGCCCGGAAGUUUCUGGACGCGGCACGCCAGACGGGGGACCAGAUGUUGUUCUACACCGUGUUCCGGUCGUUCCAGCAACGGAACCAGCGUCUCAGAGGAAACCCGUCCUUCAACCCAGGGGAACACUGCGAGGAGCACGUGGCCUACUUCAAGCAGCUGUUUGGGGAGCAGGCGCUGAUGAAGCCGUCCACCGUGUGAACCCGACGGAGAAGGACGCAGAAAUCCGUUUCUAGAAGCUGCAUCUUCAGAGACGCUGUAAAGCAUCAGCCAUCAAAGAACCGGGACGAUUAUUCUAGUUAAAGCGGAGUGUUUCAGUGGAACAUUUAAAAGAUAAAAAUGUUUUUUUCUGUAAAUAAAACCGUCAGAUCAGCCGUCGGCUGAUGUGUCACCUGGAGGGGGCGGAGCCAGAGGCUGCACCUGUUGGAGUGAUGCUGCAUUCCUUUCAUGUAAAUCUGUUCAUUUUGUAAAAUAAAUGAUUUUAAUAAA